AUGGCUGCUCCUACAACUCUUGUUGGCCCUCCAGAGCUCCAACAACCAGUAACCUCAUCACCACCACCACCACAACUCCAAUUACUAUACCAACUCGCUUCCGUCCCAUCCACCACCAAGGAUAAUUACCACUCCUUUGGUAACCCCUGCCAUGCAAUCUAUUUCAACGACAAAACUCAUAGACAUCUGAAGCAACUGCUCCCACUCGCCUGGUCCCACAAUCCCCUAACCACACUUAAGCUCAUCUGUAGCCUACUACGCUUCCAAGAGAAAGAAUUGUUUUACACGGCGGCGUCUUGGCUCUUCCAGAACCACCCCAAGACCCUAGCGUGCAACGUGGUGCCUAUUGCUGGGGCAUUGGGGGAUUUCAAAGACAUUCUGGAGGUUCUCUAUGGGAUUCUAGAUGUCAAUGCCGUGAGGAAGAGGAAGAGUCGGAGUCGGAAUUUGUGGUUUGACUACGAGGAGGAUGUGAUACAGAAGAAAGUAGGCAGCCGGGCGGAUAUUAGUAAUAAUACGAGAAAGAAGAUGAUCGACAUGGCAAGGAAGGCUGUUGAGAUGUAUGAGCGUGAUCCAGAUUAUCAACUGUUACACGAGCGGGUUUCGGAUCUUUACGCUGAAUGCUUGAAGUCUGAUAUUCAGAAUUUGAAGAAAUACGAGAAGCAGAAGAUGGAAAAUGUCAAUGGUCCUGACAAGUUAAAUUUGGAGUUGAAGUUAACCAUGGCAGCCAAGUGGUGCCCUUCCAUCGAUUCCUUCUUUGAUCGCUCCACGUUGCUCUGUGAGACCAUUGCAAGGAAGCUUUUCCCACGAGAGGAAUGCAAGAAAGGUGAUUCUGUUGAGGAGGAGGAGGCGGAUUACGUGUCAAGAGUUCGAGAGCGGUUGAUGAAUGAAGUUUUGGAGCCCUUGAGGAAAGUCAUUAAAGAAGGUUAUGAAGAAAAAUAUGUACCCUCUGUAAGAAGGGGAGAGGAGCCUCGGGUGAAGAAGUAUUUGAUGCGUGUCAACUCAAAAAAGAUUGAAGCAGGUGCUAUGCUUCCACAUCAGAUCAUAGGCUAUGUGAAUGACCGCAAUUUCGGGGAACUGGCUGAGGCUCAGUGGAAGGCUAUGGUGGAGGAGAUGUAUUCAAGGCAGGGAAAGUUCAAGAACUGCUUAGCUGUGUGUGACGUCUCUGGAAGGAUGUCUUGGGAUCCCAUGAAUUUUUCAUUGGGUUUGGGACUGUUGGUGUCUGAGCUGAGUGAAGAGCCAUGGAAAGGAAAGGUCUUCACUUUUAGUCGAAAUCCUCAGCUACUUUUGAUACAAGGUGAUGAUCUUAAGUCCAAGUGCGCGUUUAUGAGGAGGAUGGACAACCAGGACUGGGACGGGGAGACUGAUUUUAACAAGGUGUUUGAUUUGAUCCUGGAAGUGGCUGUGAAGGGGAACUUGAAGCCAGAGCAAAUGAUCAAGAGGUUGUAUGUGUUCACCAGUGACCAAGAUUUUGAUGAUGCUUCCGCAAAUAGCUGGAAGACUGAUUAUCAGACAAUACAGAGCAAGUUUAAGGAGAAAGGAUAUGGCGAUGUGGUGCCACGCAUAGUGUUUUGGGAUAUGAACGAAGACGAGGCUAUCCCGGUGGCGCGUUCUGCAGAACAAGGGGUGGCCAGGAUGACUGGCUACUCCAAGAACUUGGUCAAUUGCUUCUUGGACAAUGAUGGGGAUGUCAGCCCCGAUCAUGUUAUGGAAGCAGCCAUCUCUGGCAAUUAUUAUCAAAACCUGGCUGUAGUUGAUUGA